CCCAUGCCCGUUUUUCCCUGCAGGUGAACACAACCUCAGGAGCGAUGACCACACCGAGCAGCGGCGCAGAGUGGUGAAAGUUCUCCCCCACCCCACGUACAACGCCAGCAAAAGCGAGUACCACAACGACAUCGCCCUGCUGGAGYUGGAGCAGCCSCUGACCCUGAGCAGCUACGUGACCCCCAUCUGCCUGGGCAGCCGCGAGUUCACCAACGCGCUGCUGAAGCAGGGCAUGGGCACGGUCAGCGGCUGGGGCCGGCAGCUGUACCGUGGCCGCCAGGCCAGCACCCUGCAGGUGCUCAAAGUGCCCUUCGUGGACCGGCCCACCUGCCUCAAGAGCACCUCCACCACCAUCCUGCAGAACAUGUUCUGCGCUGGCUUCCCGUCCGGGGGCAGGGACACGUGUGACGGGGACAGCGGGGGUCCCUACACCACCGAGAUCGAGGGCACCUGGUUCCUGACGGGCAUCACCAGCUGGGGAGAGGAAUGUGCCAAGCCCGGCAAGUACGGCAUCUACACCAGGGUGUCCAAGUACGUCAAGUGGAUAAAACAAACCACAAAGCUCACCUGAGCUGAGACAGCGCCGUGCCGUGCUGGGACAGGCUGCCUGGAGAGGAACCACAGCAACCUCCGCGCCUUGGAGAAACCAUUGCAUUUUAAUAAACAUUUCCCAGUGAAACUUUCGCUCUUGSAAGGCAGAAAAUUGAGAGAAUGCCAUGCAAAUGUGGUAAUAAGGAAAUAAAAAUGAGCCAUGGCUGCCUGUCUGAAUGCACUGGUGCUGCUGCGGU